AAUUUUAAAUGAGGUUUAUAAGUAUUGUAUAGUUAAUAAUUAUGUUGUGGUUCAAAUACCCAUCUUCAUUUCAGUAAUUUUUUUGGUGCAACAGUAGUGACUCUGUUCUCUGUUUAUACUUAAGCUAAAUAUAUGAUCAAACAAUUAUAUAUAUAUUUUAUAUAUUUGUGAUGCAGGUUUCAAGAUGUUAUCAAGUUUGAAGAAGUUGGAAGUUUUAGAUCUUAGUUAUAAUUGGUUGAACGGCAGUAUACUAUCAUCAGUGAGCUCUCUUACAUCGCUCACGACUUUGAAUCUUAGUUUCAAUUCAAUGGCAGGUUCAUUUCCUAGUCAAGAAUUUGCUUCCUUCAAGAACCUGGAGGUCUUAGAUUUGAGCUUGAGCGAGUUUACUGGUACUGUUCCUCAACAUUCGUGGGCACCACUUUCUCUCAAAGUAUUAUCUUUAUUUGGCAACCAUUUUAAUGGCUCUUUGACAAGUUUUUGUGGCUUGAAGAGACUUCAACAACUAGAUUUGAGCUACAAUCAUUUUGGAGGCAACCUCCCUCCGUGCCUACACAAUAUGACAUCUCUUACAUUAUUAGAUUUGUCCGAGAACCAGUUCACAGGGCAUGUUUCGUCUUUGCUAGCUAGCCUCAAAUCCCUCAAGUAUAUUGACCUCAGUCAUAAUCUUUUCGAGGGUUCAUUCUCAUUCAAUUUAUUUGCUGAGCACUCAAGCCUUGAGGUGGUUCAAUUCAUAAGUGACAACAACAAAUUUGUGGCUAAGACUAAAUACCCUGAUUGGAUUCCGCCAUUUCAGUUACAGGUCCUUGUCCUGCAAAAUUGCGGUCUUGAGAGUAUUCCUAGGUUCCUAAAUCAUCAAUUCAAAUUGAAGAAGGUCGACCUGUCCCACAACAAAAUCAAAGGAAACUUUCCUAGUUGGUUGUUUAAUAACAAUAGUGGAUUAGAGUACCUAAGUCUAAAGAAUAACAGUUUCUGGGGUCGUUUUCAUCUACCAACCUACUCCAGCUUUAAUAAUACCACCUGGUUGGAUGUCUCUGACAAUCUCUUCAAAGGACAGCUUCAAGAUGUUGGUGGAAAGAUGUUUCCGGAGAUGAAGUUUCUUAAUUUAUCAGGAAAUCGUUUUCGAGGUGAUUUUCUUUUCUCACCUGCUAAGGAUUGCAAAUUGACAAUUCUAGACUUGUCGUUCAAUAACUUUUCUGGGGAAGUACCGAAGAAACUGCUUUCAAGUUGCGUUUCCUUGAAAUAUCUGAAGCUAUCUCAUAAUAACUUCCAUGGCCAGAUAUUCACAAGGGAAUUUAACUUGACUGGACUGUCUUCUUUGAAAUUGAAUGACAAUCAAUUCGGUGGUACUCUGUCAAGUUUAGUCAAUCAGUUUUACGACUUGUGGGUAUUAGACCUCAGCAACAACCACUUCCAUGGAAAGAUCCCAAGGUGGAUGGGUAACUUCACAAAUUUGGCUUACCUCAGUUUGCAUAAUAAUUGUUUUGAAGGUCAUAUCUUUUGCGAUCUCUUUCGAGCUGAGUACAUAGACCUUUCUCAGAACAGAUUUUCUGGGUCUCUACCAUCUUGCUUCAACAUGCAAAGCGAUAUACAUCCAUAUAUAUUGAGGUAUCCACUGCACAUAAAUUUGCAAGGCAACAGAUUCACUGGAUCAAUACCAGUUUCAUUUCUCAAUUUCUCUAAAUUGUUGACAUUGAACUUACGCGACAACAACUUCUCUGGCAGCAUUCCUCAUGCAUUUGGUGCAUUUCCAAACUUACGAGCUCUUUUACUAGGAGGAAAUCGUUUAAAUGGGCUGAUUCCAGAUUGGUUGUGUGAGCUGAAUGAAGUGGGAAUAUUGGAUCUUUCAAUGAAUUCCUUCUCUGGGUCUAUACCCAAAUGCUUAUAUAAUCUCUCCUUUGGAAGUGAAGGGCUUCAUGGUACUUUCGAAGAAGAACAUUGGAUGUACUUUAUUCGCACGGUAGAUACCAUUUACAGUGGAGGUCUAAUCCCUGGUAUGGGAGAAGUUGAGAACCAUUACAUCAUCGACAUGUAUGUCAAAGAAGAAAUUGAGUUUGUUACGAAACAUAGGGCUAAUACAUAUAAAGGUGACAUUCUCAACUUCAUGUCUGGAUUAGAUUUAUCACAUAAUAACUUGAUAGGUGUGAUUCCACUUGAGCUAGGGAUGCUAUCCGAGAUUCUUGCCUUGAAUAUAUCCUACAAUCGGUUGGUAGGCUAUAUUCCGGUGUCUUUCUCAAACCUUACACAACUAGAGAGCUUGGACCUCUCUCAUUACAGUUUAAGCGGACAGAUUCCCUCUGAGCUGAUAAACCUACACUUCCUGGAAGUGUUCUCUGUUGCUUAUAACAACUUAUCAGGCAGGAUUCCUGACAUGAUAGGGCAAUUCAGCACGUUUGACAAUGGAAGCUACGAGGGAAAUCCACUUCUCUGUGGACCUCAGGUGGAGAGAAACUGCAGCUGGGAUAACGAGUCACCUUCAGGACCAAUGGCAUUGCGAAAAGAAGCGGAUCAGGAGAAAUGGUAUGAGAUUGAUCAUGUGGUAUUCUUUGCAAGCUUUUCAGUAUCUUUUAUGAUGUUCUUCUUGGGAGUCAUCACUGUCCUUUAUAUCAAUCCUUACUGGAGGCGAAGGUUGUAUUACUACAGUGAGGAAUUUAUGUUCUCGUGUUAUUACUUUGUUUCUGAUAUUUUAUCAAAGCUAUCAGGUCGUCGUCAUUAGUUAUCAUUGAUGUUUGCAUCACCUAGUGGUCUUUGAUGUUGUGAGUUGCUAUAAAUUCAUAUAUAAUUCAGUUUGCUACGAAUAAAACAAAGUUGAGUUAUAUAUUGCUGAAGCCAUUCCGCCAUUGAUUUUUGGAGUGUGCAUCUUUGUUUUAUUAUUGCCAAAUUUCAUUUAAACUACGUAACUUCAUACCCUUUUUUUCUUUGUGUUGUUUCUUUUUGUUUCUUUGUGCAAAAUUUCUUCCCAUCUGACCAGUUUGGUUUCUGACGAGAAAUGG